AAACUCCACAAAACAUUUGUUCUCAUCCCUUCUCUGCUCCUUAAAAAGACGCCUUCUUCCUAACAUUUGCUCUCCGUGAACCAGUAGCCUUUGACUCUCUGUCUGCCUUUCUUCUUCAUCUGCAUCGAAAACCCAACAAAGUUUUCACCUUUCACGUUAUUAUAAAUCUCUUUCCCGAGAACCCAGUUCCCAAAACCCUCUAUUUCACUCUGCUUUUCGCCUUUUUGAAAUCCUCGACUUCGAGACCAUGAAGAAGAAAAUGUGGAUGUUUUCUCAUUGAUCACCUCCUCCAAACCCCCAAAGCUUGUCUUUUGCGUAAUGGAAGGUAUGACCAAACCCACAAGAAGUGUCACUGCCACCACCACAGCCACCAUAAUCAACACCUUGCUAAGCAACAAAGCUGGUUCUCAAAGCUUCCCUUUCCCAAAGCUCUCUUUUUGGUUUGCCCCAACUACUCGCCCUCCUGGUCUGCUCUUCUCCAGCUUUGGUUCAUAGGUUUGUGUAUCGAAAGACUUAGAAAACCCAUAUGGCUUUUUACAGUUUUAACUCCAACUCUUCAUUUAGGUCUGAAUACUCGAGCCUCUUCGACCCUUUUACGCAUGGCUCAAGUGGGUUUGGUGGGGCUCUGCGAGGAGGUGGGUCUGUUUUGCCUCACUCUCUGGUUUUGGAUGGUGAGAAAGGUGAGCUUGUUAAGGCUCCAGCGAGAGUGGGAAAGAAAGGGGUAUCAGAGGCAAAGGCCUUGGCGGCUUUGAAGAAUCACAGUGAGGCUGAGAGGAGGAGAAGAGAGAGAAUUAAUGCACAUCUCUCUACGCUUCGUGGUCUCGUGCCCUGCACUGAAAAGAUGGACAAAGCCGCAUUACUUGCUAAAGUUAUCAGCCAGGUGAAAGAACUGAAGAAGGAUGCCCUAGAAUCUAGUAAGGGAUUUCUCAUUCCUGUUGAUGCUGAUGAAGUGCAAGUUGAACCCUAUGACACUGGGGCAGGGGAUGGAACCAUAUCUGUGAGAGCAUCCGUCUGCUGUGAAUACCGGUCUGAGCUUCUCUCUGACCUAAGAGAAGCUCUCGAUUCCCUUCACUUGAAAAUGGUGAAGGCAGAUAUAGCAACCUUGGGAAACCGAGUGAAAAAUGUGUUUGUUUUCACCAGCUGCAAAGAGAGAAGCAAUGAUGCUGAUGCUGAUGCAUUCCAACUUCUUGCAAGUUCUGUUCACCAGGCCCUGAGUUCUGUCCUUGAUAAGGCUUCUGCCUCACCAGAAUACUCCCCGAGAACAACGCUGCCGAGCAAAAGGCGGAGGGUCUCUUACUUCGAUACCUCGAGCUCAUCCUCAUGAGAGCAAGAUUGUGUUUGUGUUGGCGGUGAUGAAGAUGUGCAUAUUGUAUUGUAAUAUGGGUUCUGUAUUCGUAUCUUUAGACAUGGAUGUGCGGAAGAUAAAAUAUUUGUGAGAUCUUCAUGUAUACAUUGUAUUACAAAACCCCCAAUAAAGUAUGAACUAUAUACUAAGGAAAGACAAUACUGGUUGUAUGUAAAAUAUGUAUGUAAUUGUGAAUUUCAUGGAAAAUUAGACUCC